AUGCCCAGCACAUUGCAGAGACCACAGCUGUCUCCUCCACCUCCCACCCAGCAAAACCCAUCAUUCCACAUCUGUCCUCCUGUAGCUGCCAGUGAGGAGCGGUACACUGGUGCAGAACAGCCAGAGGGGGUCCAAGUGCGGCAUGCUUCACCAGACGAGGAGAAAGGUAGACUGUGGUGGUCAUAUGGUUGUUUAUUCAUGGAGUGUGAAGUGAAGAAGGGAACAAGGGAGAGGAGAGAGGAGAGAGGGGUAAAAGAUGUGAGCAGAGGUUACAUUGGAGGGACUGUGGAGGGAAAAUAA